AUGGGCGGCAUGGGCGGGCCCGGCGGCCCCAUGGGCAUGCUCCAGCCCAAGUCGAAGAUCGAGAUGGAGCCGAAGACGGGCGUCACCUUCGACGACGUCGCGGGCUGCGACGCGUCCAAGCUCGAGCUCGAGGAGGUCGUCGACUUCCUCUCCAACCCCGAGAAGUUCACCAAGGUCGGCGCGCAGUCGCCCCGCGGCGUCCUCCUCGAGGGCCCGCCCGGCACGGGCAAGACGCUCCUCGCGCGCGCCGUCGCGGGCGAGGCCGGCGUGCCCUUCAUCUCCGCGUCGGGCUCCGAGUUCGUCGAGAUGUUCGUCGGCGUCGGCGCGUCCCGCAUCCGCUCCCUCUUCGCGGACGCGAAGAAGAACGCGCCCUGCAUCAUCUUCAUCGACGAGAUCGACGCCAUCGGCCGCCAGCGGUCCUCCGGCGGCGGCUUCGCGUCCAACGACGAGCGCGAGCAGACCCUGAACCAGAUCCUCACGGAGAUGGACGGCUUCAGUGGCAACACGGGCGUCAUCGUCAUCGCCGCGACGAACCGCGGCGACAUCCUCGACAACGCCUUGCUCCGCCCCGGCCGCUUCGACCGCCGCGUGCCCGUGGACCUCCCGGACAAGGCCGGCCGCGUCGAGAUCCUCAAGGUCCACUGCCGCGACAAGCCCCUCGCGCCCGAGGUCGACCUCGACGCGAUCGCGUCGCGCGCCAUCGGCUUCUCGGGCGCGUCGCUCCAGAACCUCAUGAACGAGGCGGCCAUCGUCGCCGCGCGCCGCGGCAAGGACAUCAUCUCCUUCGACGAGAUCGACUUCGCCAUCGACCGCCUCACCGUGGGCAUGCAGAAGCAGUCGACGUCCGCGAACCAGUCGCGCGACUCCGCGGACAAGCGCCAGAGCCUCGUCGCGUGGCACGAGGCGGGCCACGCCGUCAUGGCCGCGCUGACGCCGGGCUACGACGCCGUCACGAAGGUGACCAUCAUCCCCCGGACGAACGGCGCGGGCGGCUUCACGCUCUUCACGCCGAACGAGGACCGCAUGGAGAGCGGCCUCUACUCCUACAAGUACCUCAAGGCCCAGCUCGCCGUCGCCCUCGGCGGCCGCGUCGCCGAGGAGCUCGCCUUCGGCAAGGAGGAGGUGACGACGGGCGCGUCGAACGACCUCCAGCAGGUCCGGUCCAUCGCGCGGCGCAUGAUCGCGCUCCGCGCGAACCCGCGCAACAUGGGCCAGGCCGCGACCGCGUCCGGCGAGACGGAGCGCCUCAUCGACGUCGAGACGAAGAUGCUCGUCCAGGAGGCCUACGACACGUGCUACAAGACGCUCACGGACAACAUGUCCCUCAUGCAGACGGUGGUCGACGAGCUCGUCGAGAACGAGACCGUCGACGCGCCCACGUUCCAGAAGCUCGUCCUCCAGAACAGCCUCGACCCCAAGCAGGCCGUCGCCGCGCUCUAG